AUGGACGACGCCUCACCGGCAACAGUGCCCGAAAAAGAGGAUGUAGAUGCGUCCGAUGGUCGGGGCAAUAAACUCGACUCAAUUAACCACGACGACGACAAAAAUGGCCUUCGUCCGAGUAGUAGUUUCUUAUUCCCCAUUCUCGUCGAAGACGACAGCAUUCCACACAGUGGCCCGUCUCUCUCCCAGAACAAUCCUUCAUUACGGGAAAUUGUUCAAGACAAGAACAAGAUUGUCUUUAUAACGGGUGCUGGGAUCUCUACAAGUGCUGGAGUGGACGACUUCCAGAGUCGCUCUAGGACCAAAAUGUCCAGUCGUAAUAUGUUAGACAUCUCUGCUAUCUGGUCCGAGGAAUUUCUUAGUUGGAGUCGUGCUCUCUACAAUAUAUGCUCGAAAGCACAGCCCACUCCCUUCCACCACUUUCUGGAUGAGCUUGCCAGUACUUCCCGUCUUCUUCGCCACUACACCCAAAAUAUCGACUGUCUAGAUACCUCCCUACAUAAGUUAUCUAGUCGGACCAUCUCGCUGCACGGACGGUUGGAUACGUUCAUCUACACAAUGUGUCACGAAAUGAAGCACGUACCAUUCGCGGUUUACGAUGACACUUUUGGGUUUCCUUGCGAAGAGUGUCGUCUUAAGAGCGAAAGGCGCAAAUCGGGAGGCAAGAGGGGCCUGCCUGUUGGCGUUUGGCGGCCCAAGAUCCUACUCUAUGGAGAGGUAAGCCCAGAUGCUGAGGAAAUCGCGGCGACAUGGGAACAAGAUGCUUUAGACAAUGUGGAUGCAGUUGUGUUGGUCGGAACCCGGCUCAAGAUACCACAUACAAGAAAACUUGCGUAUAGUCUGUGUCGGAGCUCCAAGUCACGAGGAGGAACGGUAAUAUGGAUGAAUAGGGUCCCCCUAGAGUCGGAACCCACUACGGAGCAGCCUCCGGAAGUAUUCGGAAUUGAUCAUGUAACGAGGGGCGCCCAAGUUGAGCAGUCACGGCCGCCCUAUCCGCCUCCCACGUAG